GGUUGGUGAUUAUGAAUGAGAUUUCAUGGUUUGUCUUUUGUAAGGUCCUUAGCUCUAUUCUGUGUAGAUCACUAGGCCUAGACACCAAACUUAAGCCGAUUAAGAAUGCUGUUUUACGUAAUAAAUCCAAAAUCGACAUAUUCUCAUUAGGACCUAAACUGACUAUAAAAUCUAGUGCAGGUAUAAUAUCUAUUGUGUCAUCUGAAGCAGGAGGUGGUGGAUUUGAUUUUCAUAUUGUUAUUAUGAAUUUCACUAUAUCUGGAUGCCUUCCUAUUGGGUAG